AUGGAGGAUCAGAGGAUAAGUCUGACUGGUGUGUCUUGGGGAUUUGGAAGCGUCUCAAUCAUCGUCGUUUUCAUCAGGGUGUAUACCAGGACUCUAUACACCCGUCGAGCGGGAUGGGAUGACUUCUUCAUUGCGCUUUCGCUGGCCAGCGCAAUUGUCUGCUCCGCUCUGGUGCAAGUCGGGGUUUCAUACGGAUUGGGCAUGCAUAUGAACGAUAUCCCUGACCCAGAGUCGCAGAUCCAGGCAUACAAGUACACGGUGAUCGCUCCCAACUUCUCUGUGGUCAGCACCACGACGGGGAAGAUUUCGGUUGCGAUCUUUUUACUGCGUCUGAUGGGCCCGACGGCUUCGGCGUGGCGACGAUGGUUUCUUUACAUUCUAACAGUCAUCUCCAUUGGAAUGAACAUUCUCGCCAUCAUUGUGAUCAUGGGGUUCUGUAGGCCACCGGAGAAGAUUUGGCGUCCGGAGACACCGGGGUCUUGCUUCAGUUUGGAAUUACAGCUUGUUGCUGGAACUGCUCAGGCUGCAUUUAAUGCCGCGGCUGAUUUGGCACUGGCAAUCUUUCCGGCAUCCAUCUUUUGGAGGGUGCAGCUGGCUCUGCGUCUGAAACUGGCCGUUAUUGCAGUAAUGGGAGCGGGUGUCUUGGUCUUGGGCUCCGAUCUCAAUAUGGUACACGUAAGUAAGCCCACCCAAUGUCAGAUGUACGUCAUCAUAAUAUGCGCCACCCUCCCGACGCUUCGCCAAUCCUACUUCGCCGUCCUCAAUCGCUCUACCCACGCAUCCUCAUCCUAUAAUAAAUUCGAGCAUUCCGCCAGAUCCGACCAGAAGAAGCCUAUCCCGCAGCCUCGACGACCGGUCGACGCAUCCCUUUUUGAAACACAUAUGACGAAUUUCCAGGAGGAGCCGACCCAUCAACAUAGUUCCAGCCAGGAGAAUAUCCUGCCAGGGGAGGCUAUUGAUCUCAGUACGAUUAAGAAGACAACCGAGGUCCAUGUGUAUCAGGAAAGUAGAUCGGAUAGCAGCCAUGCGAAUCCGUACUUUCCGAGGGAGAAUCCGUUUCGGUCGUCAAACCAAAGUAAUAGGUAGUAAGGAUAAAGCUUUUACAGGAUGGGAGUUUUGUCUGGGUUCUUGAAAUGGCUGCGUGACUUGUGCUUCACAAUUUUC